AAUAACUAAGAGUCAUUUCAGAGAGGAAGUUCUUAAAGUAUAGGUUAUACGUGAAAGAGUUACUCAGUUGUCCUGAUUUUCGUGUAAAGUAUUAGUCCCUUUGUUGAACAGUUGGGAGGAUGCUUUUAUAGACUUAGUGUAUAAUAGUUAAUAGUAGAGAAAACAUUUGUGUGGAAUUGAACUUAGAACUGAAUAACCAGCAUUACUUGAGGUAUUGUGUGAUUUCACUGUUUUCAGUGCGUAAAAUCAAAAUAUUGAUCGCAAAGUACUGGCUUUGGUAGUUUUUGGCAGGGAGGAAGACCAUAUAAAUACAUUUAACUCAACUGUACAACAUAUAUAUAUUUGGUAUAGUGUUACUGAAUACGCACAUUUUGUAUGCAAUGUCUGCUCCCCAAACAAAAAACUUGGUACACUGGUUUAGACGUGGACUACGACUUCAUGAUCAACCUGCUCUCCUAGAAGGACUCGCAGGAUGUACGUCUUUUCGCUGUGUGUUUAUUUUGGACCCUUGGUUCGCAGGUUCAUCUAACGUUGGAGUAAAUAAGUGGAGGUUCUUGUUACAGUGUUUAGAAGAUUUGGAUGCUAGCUUACGGAAACUUAACUCUCGGCUCUUUGUUAUUCGGGGUCAGCCAGCUGAUGUAUUUCCUAGGCUUUUCAAAGAAUGGAAUGUCACUCACCUUACAUUUGAGGAAGAUCCAGAGCCUUAUGGACGAGUGAGAGACCAUAGUAUUACAACAAUGGCUCAAGAGUUGGGGAUCAAGGUCAUUUGUCGCACAUCUCACACUUUAUACAAGCUUGAAAAGAUCAUAGAAAAGAAUGGAGGAAAUGCUCCUGUCACAUACAAAGAAUUUCAAAAUAUUGUUGCAUCAAUGGAACCACCUCCAGGACCAAAGCCACCAGUCACAGCAGAAACACUGGGCAGAGCCUUCUCAUCCAUCUCAGAUGACCAUGAUGAAAAAUAUGGUGUUCCUACUUUGGAUGAGUUAGGUUUUGACACAGAGACAUUAAAACCAGCAGUAUGGCAAGGUGGAGAAACAGAAGCUUUGGCUCGUCUUGAAAGGCACUUAGAAAGAAAGGCAUGGAUCGCAAGUUUUGGACGACCAAAAAUGACUCCACAGUCAUUACUGCCCAGUCAAACAGGUUUAAGUCCAUAUUUGCGGUUUGGUUGCUUGUCAGCAAGACUUUUCUACCAGCAGUUAGCUGACCUAUACAAAAGGAUUAAAAAAGCCAAUCCUCCCUUAUCACUACAUGGACAGUUAUUGUGGAGAGAGUUCUUUUACUGUGCUGCUACCAGUAAUCCUAAUUUUGACCGGAUUAGCAACAAUCCUAUAUGUGUUAAGAUCCCUUGGGAUGUUAAUCCAGAAGCACUUGCAAAAUGGGCGAACACCAUGUGGCAAGGCAUGCUGUAGCUAUGUUUUCUAACUCGGGGAGACUUGUGGAUAUCCUGGGAAGAAGGCAUGAAGGUAUUUGAAGAGCUUCUCUUGGAUGCUGACUGGAGUGUUAAUGCUGGAUCUUGGAUGUGGUUAUCCUGCAGUUCUUUUUUCCAGCAGUUCUUCCAUCUUUAUUGCCCUGUAAGAUUUGGCAGGAAGGCAGAUCCAAAUGGAGAUUAUAUAAGACGGUAUCUACCAGUUUUGAAGAAUUUUCCUACGAAAUACAUUCAUGAACCUUGGAUGGCCCCAGAAAAAAUACAAUUCUCAGCUAAGUGCAUAAUUGGGAAAGAUUAUUCUCUUCCAGUUGUUAACCAUCAGAAUGUCAGCAGGAUAAAUCUGGAGAGGAUGAAGCAAGUGCAUCAGCAGCUUAGUCAUUAUCGUGGAGCAGGUCUUUUGGCAAGUAUUCCCUUGCAACCUCAUCUGCUGACUUCCAGUAGUAACUUUGUGUGUACUGGCAAUAUCAAGAGUACCAAACGAGCAGCCAAAGAACAACUCAAUGAGGAGAGCCGGAAGCAGAGUGUCCUAUCCAUCACCUGA